CUCGCCCUGCCUGCCUCCGCCCGCCGCCUCGCGGUAUAUAUACGGGGCACUGCUCCUGCGCGCCCUUCUCCAACCUCGCAAGCUAGCUUAAGCCUCAGCUGCUGAUGCCUACGCCCGGCGCUCCGCAACUGCCACCUCCUCUCUCCCUUUCGGCUUCGGAUUCCUUCCCGCGCACGGCGACCCCGAUUCGCUCCGUUUCCACCCGCGCUGCUCCACCGCCGCCGUGAGCGGCCGAUAAAUUAAAGAGCCUCCUCGAUCGGUUGGCCGCGGAUCGGAGCACCGCGCCCACCAGUUGAGCGACCAGGAGUUUCCUUUCCGUUCCUUCCCGUCGCGCCAUGGGCGGCCACAAGAAGCUCAUCCACUUUCUCCGCGCCGACCCGGCGCCGGGCUCCGCGCUCUCCUCCCCGAGGUCCUUCUCCUCCAACGACUCCUCCGUCUCCGACGACGACGGCUACAACAGCUCCUCCUCCUCCUCCUUCCCGGCCUCCGCCGCGUCCUCGCCGUCGCGCUACAGCCCGCCCAAGUCGCCCUGGGCGGCGACCACGCACCUCCCGGGCCUCGGCGCCGGCGCCGGCGACGACGGUUCCGCCGCCACCGGCCUCAUCGCGUCGCUGCUCAAGGAGGACGGCAAGGUAUACUCGCUGGCGGCGGCCGGGGACGUGCUCUACACCGGCACGGACUCGGAGAACGUGCGGGUGUGGCGGGACCGGCGCGAGCUGGCCGGGUUCCGCACCGGGAGCGGCCUCGUCAAGGCCAUCGUCGUGGCGGCGGACGGCCGCAUCUUCACGGGCCACCAGGACGGCAAGGUCCGGGUGUGGCGCGCCGACGCCGCCGACCCCGCCGUGCACCGCCGGGUCGGCUCGCUCCCGGCGCUCGGGGACUACCUGGUCAGCUCCGUCAACCCGUCCAGCUACGUCGCCCUGGGGGCGCCGCGCGGCCGGAGGGGCGGCAGCCGCCGCCGCGCGGUGUGGCUCCGGCACGCGGACGCCGUGUCGUGCCUCAGCCUCGACGAGGCCGCGGGGCUGCUCUACUCCGGGUCCUGGGACCGGACCUUCAAGGUGUGGCGCGUCUCGGACUCGCGCUGCCUCGAGUCCGUGCCCGCGCACGACGACGCCGUCAACACGGUCGCUGCCGCCGGGUUCGACGGCCUCGUCUUCACCGGCUCCGCCGACGGCACCGUCAAGGUCUGGCGCCGGGAGGUAGUCGCCGGCGGCGGCGACCGGACGAGGCACGUCCUGGAGAGGGUGCUCCGGGAGGGCGACGGCGCGGUGACCGCGGUCGCCGUGUGCCCCGAGGACCGCGCCGUGUACGUGGGGUCCUCGGACGGGCUGGUCACGUGCUGGCGGUGGGGCCUCAACGGCGAGCCGAGGCUCGGGGGCGUCCUGGUGGGCCACCGGAUGGCCGUGAUGUGCCUCGCCGUGUCCGGGCGCGUCGUCGUGAGCGGGUCCGCCGACCGGACGCUCUGCGUGUGGCGGCGCGACGGCGACGACCGCGGCGCGGACCAUCAGCACUGCCAGCACGUCCGCCUCGCCGUGCUCGCGGGGCACACGGGCCCCGUGAAGUGCGUCGCGGUGGCCUCGGCGGACGACGGGGACAGCUACGGCGCCGCGGCGGGCGGCGAGCGGCGGUUCGUGGUGUACAGCGGCAGCCUGGACGGGUCGGUCAAGGUGUGGCGCCUCUCCGAGGACCGCCCGCUGGUCGAGCCGCCGCCGGCAGUAAUAACAGAGCCAGCCGCCCCGUCGAUGCCAGCGCUGCUGGAGUCGGAGGCGUGGACUCCCCGGCGGACAGUGGCGCUGGCGCCGCCGCCAGCGCAGGCGUGGGCGCCGUACCAGGCGCCGCCGGAGCUGAAGCGUGUCGCCGCCGCGUGAACGUGCGACAAUGUGCCUCGUCCACGCGCACUGUAGCACGUACAGCGCACAGCACAGUAGAGUACAGUAGAGCGUGUGUACAGAUACUUGUAAGAUACGGUACACGUACUCUAGAGCUAGGGAUUUUGUUGGUGUGCGAUCAGAUCAAGUGUGCAGUGUGUGGUGAGUGGUGACGACCUGGCUGGCUGGAGAUCCGAUACGGGUAGUUGGUUGGAGUGGCAAGGGGCGGUUGGUCUGACAGGGAGAGGUGUCUGGCCGCGUCGAGGUCCAAAUUAAUGGAGAAGGAAGAUUGGUGCCCCUCCAUGCGUGAUCGAUAUUCUCCGCGUUCUCCUGGCCUCUUGGGUCAGUGAGUCCUGUUGAUUUGGCGUGAAGGGGAUGGUGCGCAAGCACAAAUAAUGGCUGUGGUUACUGGUUAGAUUAGAUCUUGUGAUGAAAUUAAUGGAGAGAUGGCCAUGUAGUACUGGAACUUGAUUAAUUUUCUACACCGGUUUCA